UCUCUUUUUAUUAUUAUUAUUGUUAUUUUUGUAAAUUGAGCUCGGAUGUUCAAAACGCUGCGUUUUGCUCUUCGAAUUUCAAAUAUCUUUUCCCUGAUUUCACCCAAAAUACAACUGGCCUGCUUGUGAAAAAUGGCAACGGCAGCAAUGGGUGGUGGAUUUGUGAAUAUGAUGAAAUGUAUACAUCAUAUGGUGACGAGUAACGGCGUUGGCGUUGUGGGUAAGGCGGUAUGCGCAUCCUCGUCACGCUAUUUCCAUUUCCAGUCCGUGUCCCUUCAAAGUAGAGGAGGAGGAGGAUUACAAUUAUACUGCUGCAGCAGCGGGGGAAGCGGCGGCGGCGACGACUAUAGUGAUGGAAAUACUAACGGUUACUUAAAAUUGAGGGAUGAAGAGCUGAUGAAACAAUGCGAGAUGAACACCUUCAAAGCGUCGGGACCAGGAGGACAGCACCGUAACAAGAGAGAGUCCGCCGUUCGUCUCAAGCACCUUCCCACCGGUAUUGUUGCUCAGGCCAUGGAGGACCGAUCCCAGCACAUGAAUCGUGCAUCUGCCUUAGCACGCCUCCGCACUCUUAUUGCUCUCAAAGUCAGGAAUCCAGUCCAUCUCCACACAUAUUCUCCUCCUCCGGAGCUUCUUCAGAUUCUUCCUCCCAAGUCAACAAUUAGGGGAUCAGAUUCUGGUCCUCAAAUUGGACCCAAAAAUCCUAAAUUUGUUCUGGGAAUGCAGGCUUUGCUGGAUCUAAUCUUUGCAGUUGAAGGUUCUGUAUCAGAUGCAGCAAAGUUUCUGGGAAUGAGUACAGGGGCGCUGUCGCGGUUAAUACUAUCAGAUGAUUCUCUUCGUAUGGCAGUAAAUGAGCUGAGGACUUCCAAGGGUAUGAAGCCGCUGAAGUAGCACUGUCAACCAUGGAUGCUAAUUAUUGCACUACAUAAUCAGAUAAGCAAUUGAAAAGCACUUCAGGGCCCUGAGACCUAGAUGUGUGCUUCUUGGCAAUUUGGUCCUCCAAAAAUAAGCAGCCCAAGCUAAGCGUAGCAAGAUAGAAGGGAAAGAUUUCCCUCUCAAAGCAGCAACAAUCCAGUCUUAUUCAACAUUCCAAUCCAUUGGUGCUCUUGUUUUGUUCUGUUGCUAGUGAUGGUGUUUUAUGCUGGUUGUUUGUUGAUUUCUUUAUGGCUUGGGCUUGUCAAGGUGCUGUUCCCUCUCCCGUGCUGGUUUGGAAAGUAAGUUCAACACCAAUGGAUUUAAAGGGAUCAGAGUUCCUUGUUUUUGUUUGGAGCACCCUUGUCUCGGUACUGUUAUUCUUGUUCUUUUUUGUUUUAAUCUAUUAGCCUUAGGAGUAGUCUUAGGCUGAUUGCUUUCUGUUUCAUGCACUCAGUUUUUUGUUUUUAGGCAGCUUUGAGUUCUUUAGCUCUUGGUGGCUGAUUGUUGUGGGUCUUCUGCUAAUCCAUGCGAGCAGAUGAGCCCUUGAAUUGUGCAGCUUCAUUUGUCAAGCGGGCCUUCCAAUGGGAGUAUCUGGCAACUUCAGCUCAAGACUAACAAUGGCGUACUGGUGUAGGACUAAUAAAAUACACUAUUCAAAAAAAAAAAUUCAAAGCAUUUCAAUCUUCAGAGCUUUCUAAAUGCCUGGAACUUGAGAAAUUCUAGGCCAUAACAACUUCCGAAUAUUUGCAUGUAAAGAACCAUUGAUCCCUGCUUUCCUCAGCCUUGAAAAGAUAACUAGUGGUCUGGAUGAAAUCCCCCAUGCUUUAGUUUGUCCAAUAUUGUCAACCAUGCAAUAAAAGAAAACUUCGGCACGUGUAAUGGAAA